AUGACUUCUGACAGCCUGUUACAACUGUUCAGCAACCCAGAUUCCAUCCCAUCUGACCCAAGAUGGAGUCACCUUCUGGCACCGUAUCUCGAGAACGGUCUGAUUCAUGCCGCGACGUAUAGCCUGGAGGAAAUCCGCAAGCAUGUUGACUUUUUCAUCAAGCAUAUUGGUCCUCAUUUGGGCCCUGGUCCAUUGGGAAAAGACGGCUACCAACCCCGGUAUCCGUCGGCUAUGACCGACGAUUUGACGCCCUUUGAGCUCAGUCUGUGCUGGAAAGAUCCAAAGCAACAGGGUAGGCCAAUUGUUCGAUUUGUCAGCGAUAUCAUUCCUGCAGAUGCGGAGAGAACUCGCAUAGCGUCACUGCUGCAGUCGCAACGGUUGAUUGAAGCUCUACGGAACAUUGCUGAGGAUACCUCCGAUCUUACGCUGCAUAUGUUGCCAGAUAUUUGGAAGGCCGUCUCCCACACUUUGAAGGUUUCUGAAACGCUCAUCCACUCUGGCAGUUGCUCUCAAUGCGGCUCAUCCUCUGCCUUUAUCGCCUUCGACCUAAAGAAGUCUGUCAUCAGCGGUAAAUUCUACUGGCGCCUACCGUUUUGUCUCGAUGUCCCUGGAACUCUAAACCUAAUGGACCAUGUGUUCAGUGCCUGCUUUGCGGUCCACGAAUUCUUCGGCUCAGCUGUUUUCAGCACGUCAUGGCACCAGAUCCGCGAACACAUUCGCAAUCAUGCCGACACUCUCUUACCGCGCAUGAUAUCCAUCGAUGCGACGGCCUUUCCAGCCCCCAGAAUCAAAGUCUACGUGAACUGUCGCUUCCAGGGCGAGCGCAACUUUGACUCAUGGGAACAUCAUCUCCGCUUCAACGACUCGGUUGCCUCCCCGGAGGAUUUCCGAUCGACUUGUCGUGAUCUCUGGAAUUCGCUGACAACAAAUCCACCAGAGUGGGCCCAGACGCGACCAGAUGCAGGACCAAAAUCUUGCCUGUUGCUCUACGAGCUGACUGCGUCUUCUGCUAAAACCACCGAUGAACAACGCCAGAAGCUAUCUAGCAAGCUGUACAUCAUGUGUCAGGAGAUUCCACUCCCAGAUUCGGUAAUUGCGACACAGCUUCUUCGCCAUUGUGAGCUGGCUGGAGAUGCAGAUACUCUCAAAUUCUUUGCCGCCGGAAGGAAACCCACUAAUUUCAUUUCCGACCUAUUUUUGCUCUCUGGCCCCCAAUCGAGUCCUUAG